AAUCACAAGAGAAACCAACGAUGAUGAUGUCUGACAUUCCGCAGGAUCUGAUAGAGGAAAUACUCUCUAGGGUUCCAGCCGCAUCUCUGAGACGACUACGAUCAACUUGCAAACUAUGGAACGAUUUAUUCAAAGACGGAAGAUUCAGGGAGAAUCACAUUCGUAAAGCUCCAAAGCAGUCUCGGAUUCUCAUGUUAAACGACUAUAAGAUAAGUUCAUUGAACGUCAAUCUCAACGUUGCUCCUCCUGCUGCUGUAGAGUUUAAGGGACCACUUGUCCUUAAGGAUUCCCAUUCUUGUUCCCAACAAGUCGAUAUAGAAGAUAUUUUUCACUGCGAUGGUUUGUUGUUAUGCACCAUUAGGAACGACAGGCACAGACUCAUGGUUUGGAAUCCAUAUUUAGGGGAAACUAGGUGGAUCCAAAUAUUCCAAACCACAACUAAUAGCAGUAGCGACUUGAGGUAUAGCUUUGCUCUGGGAUACCAAAACAACAAUUUUUGCCGUAGCUCCAGAAUCUUGAAGUGUUGGCAUUCUAUUGACCCUAUGAUGGUGUUUGAAGUCUAUGAGCUUAGUUCUGGUUCAUGGAGGGUUUUUGAUGAUAUUGCUCUCGACUGCUGUAUAUUACCGAAGUGUGGUGUGUCGUUCAAGGGAAAUGCUUAUUGGCUUGCUUUUGGACAAACAGUUGGGCUUUUGCUUGGUUUUGAUUUUACCAGAGAUACAUUCAUACGUUUAUGCUUACCGCAAGCUAUGGAGUUUUGUUAUCUAAAUCUAUCCGUUGUUAAUUAGAGAAGAACAACUCUCAUUGUUACAUUAUCAUGCACCACAUAUGGAGGUGUGGGUGGCUCAUGAAAUUGAUACGCAAGCUGCCUUGUGGAGAAAAUCAUUUACCGUGGAAUUACACAA